AAGGCAUAGAGUCUCGCGACGUUUGACGAGGAUUUCUCGUUCGUCGGCCAUUCUUGUGGCUCUUUGCAGUAGAAGGGCACGAAGAGAGCAGUGCCCAGUAAACCAAGGACUUGGCACUUUUCUCGUUCAACCAUGCUGUCUCGGGUCGUUUUCGUUUCAGCCAAUGCUGUAAAAAGCAGUGGUCCCCUCGGAGCUGGGCUGGUCCAGCUGGCCCAUCUCCACACAUCCCCCAACAGCCAGGCCCCAGUCCCCGCUCUGCCAGAGAAGGGAGGCAAGACGCGCCACGGUAUCAUCCCUGAGGAGCUCUUCCAGAUCCUGUACCCAAAGACUGGAGUUACAGGGCCCUACGUGCUGGGUGCUGGGCUGCUCACAUACAUCCUUUCCAAGGAGAUCUACAUCAUCAACCACGAGACCUUUGCUGCUGCCUGCAUGGGUACGGUCAUCAUCUAUGGUGUCAGGAAGUUCGGCCCCGACGUCGCGGCUUUCGCUGACAAACUGAACGAGGAGAAAGUUCAGAAGGCUCAGGAAGUGAAGGACCUGGCCAUGACCAGCUUGGCUCAGGCCAUCCAGGAUGAGAAGAAGGAGCAGUGGAGGGCAGAGGGACGACAGAUGCUCUUCGACGCUAAGAGGAACAACGUGGCCAUGCUACUGGAGACCAACCGCAGGGAGAGGGUCCACAUGGUGACCAACGAUGUGAAGAAGAGGCUGGACUACCAGAUCGCCCUGCAGACCCUUCACCGCCGCAUGGAGCAGGAACACAUGGUGAACUGGGUGGAGAAGAACGUAGUCACCAGCAUCACCCCCCAGCAGGAGAAAGCAAGUAUUGCCAAGUGCAUCACAGACCUGAAGGUUUUGGCUAAAGUCCAGCAGGCCAAGACCACUGCAUAACUCUCCACUGUACUGUCUCUAGACCGUCGCCACUCAACCCCCAACUCGUCGAUGGCCACUUUUCAUUACAAAUCAACUAUUUCCUCUUUAACGAUAUGGUCUGUCUCUUUCCAUGUAAUGAGUGUAUAUAUACAUCGACUGAUCAUAAAAAUAAAAGGUUAAUUUUAUUAACUAA